CGCUUCCGGCCCGGGCCCUACCAGAACACGAUCGGGGCUGCCUUCGUGGCUAAGGUGAUGUCCGUGGGGGACCAGACGGUGACCCUGGGGAUCUGGGACACGGCUGGUUCGGAGCGCUAUGAGGCCAUGAGCCGCAUCUACUACCGUGGGGCACGGGCCGCCGUCGUCUGCUACGAUCUCACCGACAGCAGCAGCUUCCAGCGAGCCAAGUUCUGGGUGAACGAGCUGCAGAACUGCGAGGAGGGCUGCCGGAUCUACCUGUGUGGCACCAAGAGCGACUUGCUGGAAGAGGACAGGAGGAAGCGGGGGGUUGACUUCCACGACGUGCAGGACUACGCUGACGAGAUCAAGGCAGAGCUCUUCGAGACCUCCAGUAAGACGGGCCAGAGCGUGGAUGAGCUGUUCCAGAAGGUGGCUGAGGACUACGUCCACUUCACCGCCUUCCAGGUGAUGACAGAGGAGAAAGGUGUUGACCUGGGCCAGAGGAGUGGCGCCUACUUCUACAGCUGCUGCCACCACUGAGACCUCCUGCCAAAAGGGAACUGCUGCUGCCGGCCGGGCAGCCGGUGCACGCCAGACUCCUCCAUUUUUUUACCUGCUGUGUUUUAGCUGUAUGGGCCCAUCUGCAACGCAGCAGCGGCGCGCAGCCCCACGGACUGCUCUCUUCCCGGUGUGCGGAGCGGCAGAGGGCUGCCGUGUGGUGCCGGGAGCCUCCUGUGGUGCCAGAAGCCAUGGGCCAUCACCCCUAGGGACCCUCUCCCUGCCAGCCGGCUUCUGCAGGAGCUGCUUCCCAGAGUCACUGCUGUGAUCCAGCGGCAGCCAUUAACUUAUCUCUCGGAGAUGCUGCCUGAUACUUUGCAGAU